AUGCUCUUGCCGAAAAUUGCCUCAUUUGACAACCUUGGGUCAAGCGAAGAGACUCCCCACAGGGAAGCCUCCUGCUUCGGUCUCUUCAUGACCUGCCCCGAGGGGAAGGGGAGGGGGAUAGGGCAACUUCUCGAACAUGGGACUCUUCGCCUCGAAGAGGUGGAUAAAGACCGUGCGUCUGAAGAUAAGAUCUCUAAGUUGGGUUCGGGGUUCGCGGUGUUAGGUUCACGCGUCCUCCUCGCGGCAGCCCUGCUCGAGUGUCACCGGGUUGGACUUAUCAGCGGGGGAGAAGCCUGUGCCUCAUCCAUGCCUCGCUCGCAGUGCUUCUCUCAGUCUCUCUUUGACGCUGGCCCGAACGGCUGCUCGUCGGAAGACAUGGAGGUCCUGCCUGGGUUCGACGUACCGGUCUGGUUCAUCCUCGUCGCUCUUGCGCUCUUUCUGCUGUAUCGUUGCUCGUGGGCGGGGUUCGAUGUAUUCCGCAAGAUGGGGAUCCCCGUCCAGGGACCCGUUUAUCCCUUAGUCGGGAGUGUGUGGAACCUCUGGAAAAAGGAACUGGCCUUAGAGGACCUGAAAUGCCUCAAAAGAUUCGGCAAGUACUGGGGGUAUUACGAAGGGAAGAACCCAGUACUGAUGGUUGCAGAUCCGGAAACGGUUAAAGCCAUUACCAUCAAGGAAUUCGACAGCUUCACCGAUCGACGGGUCCUGAUCCCAGAGAAGCAGAAAGUGGCCGCGAAGUUCCUGUUGGCCCUGAAAGGCCGGGAGUGGAAGAAAGUCCGGAAAUUCCUCACUCCCGCCUUCUCGUCCGGCAAAAUGGAAAAGAUGUCCCGGCUGAUGGAGGAAUGCGGAGAGAAUCUGGUGAAUCAUCUGCGCCGGAGGGCCGAGAGAUCUUCCGGCGUCGUCGAUCUCAAAGAACACUUCGGGGCGUACGCGCUGGACGUGAUCGGGACGUGCGCGUUCGGCACUCGCCUGGACAGCCUGGGGAACCCGGACUCGCCGUUCGCCCGCCACUCCCGGCUCUUCCUCUCGGAGAAUCCCGCCCUCCGAUCCUGCCUCCUCGUCCUGCCGAUGGUCUUCCCGUGGGUCGUGAGGCUGGGAGCGAACGUGGUUCCCGUGGAGACGAUGGAGUUCUUCUCCGGGCUCGUCCGCGACGUCAUCCGGGAGAGACGGGAGCAGAAAGUCAUCUCGUCGCAUGUGACUGUCCCGCAUGGGGAACUCGUGGACGGACGGAAUCGGAUGGUGAGGACGGGAAAAAUGACACUUUUCAUUCUACACGAGGUUAACGAUUCAGUUAUGGAGCUUCGAGUGCUCGUCCAGCCGCUUCCUCGUCUGGAGAUGAUGUCAACCGAUAAGCAGUGCCGUGCUGUUGCUGUCGAUAUCGAGGUUCCACGUCUCGGAGACGAUGGUGCGGACCGAGGGGAUGUGCUGGACGCGUUCAUCGAGGAGAUGGAGAGGGAAGCCGGGACGACGGGGCCCGGGCUCUCGGAGGAAGCGGUGUUGUUCUUUUUGGCGGGAUUCGACACGACUGCCGCCCUCAUGACCUUCUUCACCUACGCCAUGGCGAUGAACCCGGAAGUCCAAGACAAAGUCUACCGAGAGAUCGAGCAACAGAUGGAAGCCCACGGAGAGGUGAACCACGAGAUGCUGGGUGCGUGCUCGUACAUGGAUCAGGUGGUGAGCGAGACCCUGCGCUUCUAUCCGCCUGCCAUCAGGUUCGAGCGAGUGUGCACGAGGGACUGCGUGGUCCAGGGAUUCCGCUUCGGACGAGGCCAGCUGGUCUCCAUCCCCGUCUACGCCAUGCACCACGACCCCGACUCCUACCCGGACCCCGAGGCGUUUCGGCCCGACCGCUUCGCGCGGGACGGCCCGCGGCCCCCGCAGGGGACGUACCUGCCCUUCGGGGCGGGACCGAGGAACUGCAUCGGGAUGAGAUUCGCGCUGGAAGAGGCGAAAAUCGGCCUCGCGACUCUUCUCCGAUCCUUCGCGGUCGGGAAAGCUGCGGAAACGCCCGAUUUGGUGGAUUACAAGCCAGGACUCCUGCACCUCUUGCCCAAGGACAAGCUGAAGGUGAAACUCGAGCCAAGACUUCCCGCGUAGACAGGGCCAUCGCAUCCGCGUUUUCCUUCCCUGGCAUUUCAACUGUGAGGGAGUUCUUCUCGAUUCGAGUCUGUCUCCCUUUCCGACUAAAAUUUCGGUGCUUAUUAAUGGGAUAUUCUUGUAGAAAUAAGGAUUUGAAUGAGACACAAAUGAAACGUAUGCAUUGCUUUGAUGAAGUGUAUAAAAAUGUAUUGUGGACUGAUUGUGCUACUCGUUUCAGGACGUAUCACGAUUCCGGUUUAUUGUAUUAUUAAUAUUUAUUGCGGUGAUACUGGGGUUGCAGCGCGGUUCAGUGACUGAAAAAAAAAACAGCAUAAUUUAAACAAAAAACUUGGUCUCGAGAGACGUUGAACUCAACCCUGGAUUUCACGAUGCAUGAGGCAAAACGGGAGAAUGAGAAUGAGCUGUCAUUGAGUUGGUCGUCUCGUUACGUUUUACGAAGAGAUUUAUUGCGAUUUUUUGUUGCGGAAAUCGGGGGUCGUAUUGGAUGGACCCUAACGACUCUGUGGCUUAUCCCAUUACCUUUUGUGUUCUUAUGUGUGGCGG